AUGGCUGCUGUUACUCAGAGGCACAAGGCCGCAAAGUACGGCAAAGCGCAUCGCAAGGCCUUGGUGGACGCCGCUUUCGGGGGUUUAGAUGAACUUUCACAGACACCGUGGGAUACUGCGUGCUACUCUAACAUACAGCGCACCGACCAAGAAGCUACGCCCCAAAACAAUGCAGCGAUCCCCAAUCAUCCGUUGCGAUCCUCGAACCACCACCACCACCAUACUAGUCGUAGCUCCUCUACGUCCUCUCAAUCUCGCGAAGACGAAUUGUACGGAUCUCCACCGUCAGAUGACGAAGUUCAAAAGAAACAAAGUGUCGCAAUUAGGAAACGGCGGAAGCUGUCGCCACCUGCUGAAGCAAAGCAGAACGCUCCUCUGCGCUUUGAUGACGCUGGAAAGCAGAAAGCGAAGGCCAAACAGAUGCUUCAGAAAGGAAAGGCUCACCUUUCAGCACCUGUUGCAAGCGCUGAAACUUCCCUGCCCAGCACUACAGGACAGAAGACUAUCAGCGAGGGACAAAGACGUUCGAAGAAUGUGCCGAUCGCUAGGAAGCCUACACAGAAGAAGCUCAACUCUCUAUCUGAAACUGUUCAAAAGAGAUACAAAGUAGUCGCCGCCCCCAAAAUUACUUCAAAGCAGGCGCGGUACAGUAUCCGACCACGAGAAGGAUCUUCUUCUACAUCGAACGAACGGUUACGAGAUUCUGCUGCACCACAGACUCCUCCUCCAGGUCUCGGAGAUCCGCCCGUCACGCCACCAAGGUCAAGCCCCAUCCCGCAUGGGUAUUCUACGACCCCACGCCAGCAAGAUCUCUGGGAUCGAUUGCUUGCCUCAGAAAGCCAGUAUGCCAGUCCCAGUCAGCUUAGUAUGUCGGGUUUCGACAUCUCGGAUGGGGCAAAGGCCUCUGCGCAAUCUUGCCCUAAAUCUUCUGGCCCGCCAAGUUAUAAACAGUGCACCUCUACAAGGCUGAUCGAUGCCUUGAAAAGCCCACAAAAGCGGUCAAGAUCUCAAGAUUCAGAUUCCAGCACCGACUCACAAUUCUCCGCCAAAAGCACGGCGAGCAACUUCCGGCCCCUGAUUGCAGAAGAACAGAUUCCAGGUGUUACCGAUACUGUCAACUUCGAGCUAGCCGGUGGCGCAAACAACCAUGUCAAUGGAAUGGGCGAACAUGAUUUGUACCUUGGCGAAACGUCGAUUGCUCAACCAAUCGUCCCGUCUCGUGGGCUGAAAGUUACCUACGCACAACAAAGGUCAUAUCUGACUGAUCAGACAGAAAGUCAGAAAGUGAGUUUUGACUUCUCGCCCCAAAUAGCAGUGCCGAGACCUCAGCAACCUCAAAAGUACGCCCCCACAGGGACCGCAUCUAGAUCCAAUUCAAUCGAUGAAUAUGAGUUUGAGCUAGACGAGCCUCAAAAUCCACAGGUCGGAGCUAUGAGAAGCAUUCAUGAGCUACGGGAAGCUGGUGGUAGUGUACGAUCGGUGGGUGAAUUGGAGGCCCUCCUCGAUGAACUUGAUGGGAGUCAAGACCAGGUUACUGUUACGCGAAGGAUACUCAUCGCGUUCGCGACUAAAUUUGAGGAGCCGUCGAAUUCCCGCCUCUUCGUAGACAAAGGCUUUGAGCUGCGCCUAUUUUCGAAGGCUGUCGAUAUCCGCGAUACAAUAGUGAUGUCACUACAUGCAAUGUCGAUGCUGCGACUUCUUUUGAAUUGCAACUCUCCGACGCUUAGAGUUUUUCUGACUGACAAGAAGAUAAUGCCUUUCCUUAUGCAACUUCUCACAUCUGAUCAGAACCUAGUUGUCCUAGCCAAACAACGAGAGACGAAUCUGUCAAAGCUCGCACAGCAAGAAUAUGUUGCACUAUGUAACAGACUACUGGCGCCUGUGCUAUGGAGGAAAGGCCGUCCAACCCUCGUCUCCUGCCGAUUGCUUUCUUUACAAUGCCUCGAGCACCUCUACAGUCUGCAAAUAGACCAAAACCCCUUCGCUCAGCCAUUGACAGCAGAAAACGCCCAGCAGCUAAUAGAGACCUCAAUUCCCAAGCAAUCCGAUCUUUGGGCUUCUAAUCAAACACAACGCGUUAGCGUCCAUCUUUCAGUAUCUAUUCUCGAAACCUACAUUAUCGGAGGUGGUGCAGCGAUUCAGGCCCUACAAACACCUGAGAUUCUGGAUCGUAUCGUACAGGUUUUGCCUAGCAUAUCGGCAUAUCAUAAGGACUCUGAAGCGCUCCAGGUCCAAACACUUCGCUUGUAUCUCAACAUGACAAAUAACGUGCCUGGAAUCUCAGAAGCUUUUGCGCACCCAGAUGUUGUGACAACCAUUUUCGAUUUCGUAACAUCAUACUUUACACAAGCGGGUGAGGAGGACGCCGAGAACAAGUUAGCCAAGUUGGACAAAGGCAUCCUCUCAUUGGGGUGUCUAACAAACAUCGCAGAAGUCUCAGAGGGAAUGAGAUGCCAAUUCCUCCGGCGGACGGGAGAGCAACCUGCAAUGUUAGAUGCGCUCAUGCAGCUCUUCCUGACCAACAAUCGCAAAGCUUCCGAGGUUUACUCGCAAGAAGAAAGCAUUAGCAAUGUUGCCUUUGGAUACGUCUCAGUCCUGAUCUGCUAUCUCUGCCUGAGUGAGCCCGUGAGGGUUCAAGUGCCCUCAUUGCUGCCCGAGAAAUCCCUCCAAACUGUCUUUGAAGCAGUCGCAGAGUUCCUCGAAUACCAUCGCAUGAUCGAUGACAAGACCGGAAAUAAUCAGAAUACAGAUGGCCGAAUAGGCUUCGUAGAGCGUGUACAGGGGGUCUUGAACGAUCUCGGGUCGCGAUGA